AGUCAAAAAAACUGGACAAACUCGGUAAAAUCCUUUCCAUUAUUAGCUAACAACAACCCUAAUUAUAGUACUUACGAAGUUCAGUCCCCAAAAACCCUGUUGAAAGAUUUAGGCAGGGAUAAAGAAGAUGAAAUUUAGGGCUUAUCGUGGAAUUCCUUUCUUCACUUAUAAUGAACGCUUCAAUCAGCGUUUCCAUUUUACCACCUUAUUUCGUAAGGUACAAGCCACUGAAGCUCGGGCUUCACUGAAUCCUGGCGGCAGUAGCAGCAACAGCACUUCUCAGGGUAGCACUCUCUUGUUGCCUGGUGCAACGGUCGCAACUAUAGUUAUGCUUGGUUUUCUCCAUGCUCGACGUCUCUAUGAUGAUCAGAAGAUUGAAGAUGCAAGAGAGAAAGGAACUUUAGAAUUCCAGCCUGAUGUAAAGGCUACUUUCAUGAGAUUGCUUCCACUACGCUCCGUUUCUAGAUUCUGGGGUACCUUGACCAGUGUGGAACUUCCGAUGUGGCUGCGGCCAUCUGUUUAUAAAGGAUGGGCUCGGGCAUUUCAUUCAAACUUGGAAGAAGUAGCAUUGCCUUUGGAAGAAUAUGCAUCUUUACGAGAGUUCUUUGUCAGAAGAUUGAAAGAGGGUACCAGACCUAUUGAUUCAGAUCCAUGUAGUCUGAUUAGUCCAGUCGAUGGUACUGUUCUACAAUUUGGAGAGCUGAAAGAAGCUGGGGCUAUGAUUGAGCAAGUCAAAGGAUUCUCUUAUUCUGUUUCUUCGCUCCUUGGAACCAGCUCUCUCCUUCCCAUGACUCUGGUUGAUGACAGCACAAAUCAAGAUGGUGGGAAGGAAGGUUCUAUGGAUGAUGCGAAUCAGAAGUCCUGGUGGAGAGUUUCAUUGUCUUCUCCUAAAGUCCGAGAUCCUGCACCAGCACGUCCAAUGAAAGGUCUCUUUUACUGUGUAAUUUACUUGAGAGUUGGAGAUUAUCACCGCAUACACUCACCAGCUGAUUGGAAUGUUCUUGGUCGUCGACAUUUCUCUGGUCGUCUCUUUCCCGUGAAUGAACGUGCUACAAGGACAAUAAGAAAUCUAUACGUAGAGAAUGAAAGGGUUGUGCUUGAAGGUAAAUGGCAAGAAGGUUAUAUGGCAAUGGCAGCCGUAGGUGCAACAAAUAUUGGUUCCAUUGAGCUUUUCAUUGAACCAACUCUGCGAACAAAUAGGCCGUGGAAGAAGCUGCUUCAUCCAGAACCUCCUGAAGAACAGGUAUAUGAACCCAAAGGCACUGGUGUUUUGCUGAAGAAAGGAGAUGAGCUAGCAGCGUUCAAUAUGGGUUCAACGGUGGUAAUGGUCUUCCAAGCUCCGAUCUUACAACCUUCUGCAGAUAAAAGCACGUCAACAGAAUUCAGCUUUUGUGUUAAAAAGGGGGACAGGGUCCGCGUGGGAGAGGCCCUGGGCAGGUGGCGUGAUCCCUAGUUACAAUAUCUUAAUUACAGAAUUAAGGGUGCUAAGUUUGUAUUAUAGAAAAGCCUUCUAGGGACAACCCCCCCCCCCCCCCCCCCCCGGCCCCGAGGUCCCAAGAAAACAAAAUUUUGUUGCAGGUAAGAGUACAGAUCUGGAAAGGUCUUCAUUCUGUUACAAUAGUAUGAGGUAACUCCAUUUUAUUACUAGUAAUUGAAUACAUUAUCAUUUUACACAGUAUUUUCAGAAUACUAUCAAAAAGAUAUCCCAGUAAUUGUAUACAUUAUCAUUGUAAUGGAGGGAGCAUGACAGUGCUGUGAAGAGAGUUGCCUGCCUUUAGUUUAGAGGAAAGAUUUGGUACUUCAUAAAAGUAAAAGAAAAUCACCUUUUGUUUAAA